UCAUCACCUUCAACCCCGCAGGCUAGAACCUUAUUCAGCCGCAUGGUGGGGGACGAUUUGGCGUUAGCAAGCCAAAGAGCGUUGGUUGGAGAGCAGUUUAUUGGCAGCAUUUCAUUCGGGGGCUCUUUUCCCUCUCCUUUCUAGCAGACAUUGUUUAGCUGAAUGGGAUUUUUGAAACCUUUAAUCUCAAAUUUUCUCGACGUGGACCCAAUCCCCAAUCCGGCAACUACUGCCUAUGAUUUUUCUCAGUUAGAUUCCAAUAACUGAUUCAUUUCAGAGCCAGCUGCAAUUUGCGUCCAAUGCCGAUUGUGCGACUAAAUGGUUGCUGCGUAUCAUUAUCAUUCAUGCAUGACGUUGGCGAGGAAGAGCCGCAGUCCCCUAAGAAUGAAUGCACAAGAAGUUUUUCCGAACCGGGAUUCGUUUUAUUGGCCCUCAUCAGGACUAGGACGGCUAGCAUUGGACCAGAAAGGUUGACUUCAUAUCAGAACUGAUCAUCGAGAACUCCGUUUUUCAAACGGUAAGCAUGGGCCCGAAAUUAUGGCCUGGGUUAUCUGGCCUCGCCCUGAGAUUGCCAGUGGAGUGGGAUAGGCAAACGCGACGGAUAUUUAACACAUAUGACGUUUCCUGAUCACCAUGACUGCAGGAAACAGGAGACCCCAGGCGCUAAUUCUCAGAUCAAUUUCAUACAAUCAAAGAAAUCCCAAAGGAUUGGUUAUGGCGUGUGUUUAUUGGAACCUCUGAUGUAUGGCGUACACAGUUCACAGCAUACAUAACAAAGGAUUGAGCAGAUUCGAGAGCUGUUGAAGGGCUUUAAUUCCAAGCCCCUGCCCAAAUUGGCGGCGUUGGCUGGAGUAUUUUUAUGCGAAGCUUUUGCCCGUGAGGGCGUGGCUUAAAAGGAAGAGAAGUCCUUUGGUGUUCUUUCUUCUUCUACCGUCUUUACGUCGACCUGGUUUUGGUGAUUCCUACAAAUUGACGACAUCCCCAACUGACCACUGGUGCUGUUGCUGGUCAUAUACAUAAACACCGCCGGCUCUAUUUCUUCUCUCUCGACGUUUGAAAUGCAGUUCCCCAUUGCUGUGUUUGCAGCGGUGGCCGCACUCGUUCGGCCUGUUUUAAGCCAAUACUUCCCUCCGCCCCCUAAGGAUGUCCGCACCGUCCCGCUUAGCAACGGGGUGUCAAUAUCAUAUAAACAGACGAGUAUCUGUGAAACCACUCCAGGCGUCAGGGCGUACGCUGGAUAUGUUCACCUACCUCCUGGGACUCUCGAAGACGUAGAGGUUUACCAGAACUACUCUAUCAAUACUUUCUUCUGGUUUUUUGAGGCUCGUGAAGAUCCCAUAAAUGCUUCAUUAGCCACAUUUUUUAACGGUGGCCCCGGAGCGUCUAGCAUGUAAAAGACAAUAUAAAGUCCAUUCUAUCAAUUCUACUAUAAGAAAUUCUUAACUCUUGUGAUCUAGGUUUGGACUAUUCCAGGAAAAUGGGCCUUGCACUGUUAAUCAUGAUUCCAAUUCAACAACUCUCAACCCAUGGUCCUGGAAUCGAAACGUUAAUAUGCUAUAUAUCGAUCAACCUGUUCAGACCGGUCACAGUUACGACGCGCUCGUGAAUGUGACGGCGGAAUUUGUUACGGGUGAUAUCACGAUCAAAGACUUUUCGAACAACAGUGUGCCAUCUCAAAACAACACAUUCUGGGUGGGGACUUAUCCGAGCCAGAAUCCUCAGAACACCGUCAACAAUACUUUGAACGCUGCCCGUUCCUUCUGGCACUUUGCCCAAGUUUGGUUUCAAGAAUUUCCCGAAUAUAAGCCAAAAGAUGACAAAAUCAGCAUUUGGACAGAGUCAUAUGGCGGCAAAUUUGGUCCAAGCUUUGCUCGAUUCUUACUGGAACAAAACCAGAGAAUCAGGAAUGGUACCAUCGCCAACAAAGAUGGCAAGGUGGUCCUUCAUAUUGACACUGUUGGGAUUGUCAGUGGCUGCAUUGACAUUUUUUCCCAAAUUUUCACGUAUCCUGAAUUCGCGCGCAACAACACCUAUGGGAUUGAAGCCGUCAAUAGUUCUGCAUACGAUGCCAUGCUCGACGCUUACCUCAAGCCCGGCGGAUGUAUGGAGCAAUCGCAAAACUGCCGCAGGCUGACACAUGAAGGCGACCUAAAUCAUCAUGGCAACAACGCCACGGUGAACGAGGCUUGCCGCCAGGCGUCCGAAGCCUGCCUCAAGGUUGAAGUACCGUACAUGGAUGGCAGUGGCUUGGGAUUUUAUGAUAUUGCGCACCCUAAAGCUGAUCCUUUCCCGCCUCCAUUUUUCCAAGGGUAUCUCAACAGACCACAUGUACAAGCUGCCCUCGGCGUUCCUCUCAACUAUACGAGCGGUUCUAUGGCCGUAUUCACCGGGUUCAAUACAACUGGAGAUUACGUCAGUCCUGGUGCUCAUGGAUAUACAAAUGACAUAGGAUAUCUGUUAGACUCAGGAGUUAAAGUGGCACUGAUAUAUGGGGAUAGAGAUUUCUCCUGUAACUGGGUGGGAGGAGAGAACACUAGCCUUUCUGUGAACUACGGGGAUGCUUCUCGAUUUAGGGCCGCUGGUUAUGCUGAUAUCAAAACAAACUCUUCCUAUAUCGGCGGGCAAGUCCGUCAGUACGGCAAUUUCUCUUUCAGCAGGGUAUACCAGGCUGGACAUAUGGUUCCUGCAUAUCAACCCGAAACGGCAUUUGAAAUUUUCCGCCGCACUAUGUUCAACAUGGAUAUUGCUACCGGCAACGUUAACACCGCGAUCGAUAGAGCUUAUUCUACCAAAGGGUCACCCACAACUUUCCAGAUAAAGCAUAAGCCCCCCACCAAGCCGAAACCUACAUGUUACAUCCUUGACUAUUUCACCUGCACAGAGGAGCAGGUGGCUAUCCUCGAAAAUGGCUCCGGUCUCAUCCUGGAUUACAUCCUCGUUGAUGAAAAUACGAAACAUUUAUUCCCCGGUGUCGAAUUCCCCACGCCGACAUCCAACGGAAAAACACCCACUAGCACAGCGAAGAAGGCCGGUGCUACUCGAACCAAGCUUGGCGAUAGAGGCCUAGCUAUUCCUAUGCUUCUUCUAGCACUUUUGCUCCUAUAAGUAAAUAAGGAAUUAAUGGGAGGCGCUCCUCAUACCUCAGAGUGGAAUAUACAUAGCGUACGCGAUGGAAGCUAGUUGUUUUGGAUGGUUCCCCAAAUUAAUGCAUUAAUAUUCCACCUCGAAACAUUCUACUAGUUCACAUCCAGGGAUAACUAACAAUUCAAAUUAUUUAAAUUCUACACGUGAUCAGUUCUGGCUAGCCCCUGACCAAAGCUUCCCCUGAUCAAAACUUGUGACGACGACAGCCAGGUAGGCAGCCAGAAGCCAGAAGUUGACCUUUGCACCACCUGCGGUUACCCAGUAUUAUUAACUGAGAUUACCACUGUGAAUUGGGACUGGGAGGGUAUUCCCAUCUCCCGUUUUCUUGACUCCUGAUCACUCACUGCUAAUGUGAAUUGCCUUAGGAUAUCUCCCCGGUUUCACUAUCGCUUUUGAACUCUACCUUCAAAUACCGCAUCCCUGCUCUGCUACUGCCGUAGGAGUUUCCUCUGUCCUGUUAUUAUAUAUGGGGUCUCAGAGCUACUCUUCUUAUCCGGGGGAUACCCCUACCCGUGCGUAUGGCACGUCACCUACUAUCGAAAGAGCAUCCCAUUCUAUAAGUCCUAUUAGACCGUUACCAGCGGGCCAUUAUUAUGGGUAUCAAAAGGUUUCUCAAAAUCACUUUAACGAACACUCCUCCUCGAGCGGAGUAGGAAUGCACAAAUGCAGAUGGCCCUUUAUACGGCUGGGGCCAGUUAAACGAGCCUCCACUGAUGGGAGUGAAUCUAUAU